UUCUUUUCCUGUCGACCGUGUUUCCUCCGCCUUCCCCUUCGCUUUGGGGCGAGGGGCUUCUGUUGUCUGCUGGGGAGAAAUCCGGUCGGUUGUGCCCGGCAUCAUGGCCGAUCAACUGGGAUUUCCGGUCUUCUUCCUCCUGCUUCUUCUUGGUGUCGCUUUCCGGCCGUCCACUUGCGAACCGGAGCCUCACACUUCGGUAAUCCGCUUGCCCGAGGGAAUUUCCGACGAGGGCUCAUCCGUGCCUUCUGAGCGCGUUCGGCCGUCAUUUUCUUGCCCGGUCACGUGUUUCACCACCAAUCCCGUCUGCGGCGCCGACGGCGUCACGUACUGGUGCGGCCCUGCCGACGCAUUCUGUUCUGGCACCGAGGUCGCGAAGCUGGGGUUUUGCGAUGUUGGUAGUGGUGGAAACGGCGCGUUCCCUGGUCAGGCCUUCCUUCUCAUCCACAUCGUAUGGCUCAUCGUGCUAGGGUUUCACUUUCUGCUUGGCUUCUUCUGAUUAAUAAUUCCUUUUGGGGGCCUUUAAUUGCUUGUGUCAUUUGUGGAGAUGUACGUGACCGGAAUUCUUUUUCUUGAUUUUGUUGGUUCUGUAGUUGUCUGAUGACGGUACUCCAUUCUUUGUAAAAGAUGCCGAUUCUUUGUAUUC